AGUGUUUCAAAGGUCAGAUUUGAGCACAUUUUCAGAUUAUUAGCUCGAUGUGACAUAUGUAGCAUUUGAUGGGUAAUUGUGCAGGAAAGCACGUCUCUCCUCCUACUGCAGAACAAAUUAGCGAUGCUAAUGAAAUGCAUAAUCAGUGUGAGCUCUCCAAAAAUGUCGUGAGAACAAGUUCACAACCUUUGGACUUAUGUGAUAGUUACAAAUCUAAUUCCUUAAAAGUUAUUCACGAAGACGGACUAAUAAACGAAGUCGUAAUAACAAACGACCAUGAAAAAGUUUCAUCUUGCCUAACUCGUGAAAGGUUUUCUACUGGGAGGGAUUUGUCUUUUGGAAGCAAGUCCAAUCUAUCGACUCCGAAAACUUCUCUUGUCAAUGUUUUCGCAGGAAGUCAUUGCAGUGAAAGUCUUCAGGAAACAGUUCUUUCCAGUAGUUAUCAUUUUCCGAGGUUGACUUUAGAGCAGAUGACAAGAGACACAAGGAUUCAUCAUUCUGGAAUACGAAACAGUGCGAAUUCCGAUUACUUAGAUAAUAAGCAUUCAGUAAGUCCAAUUCACUGGUGCGUCUCCUCAAGCAAGCCAUCAGAUGAGAUUACUAUGCAGAAACUAAAUUCACCGCAUCGGAGUAAUAUUCAUGUACAAUCACAUUCGCAUUUACAACAACAUUCCUCGUUGAAUAUUAUGCCUUUCUUGGUUGGCAACAGGUAUUCCCGAAGCGGCUGUGCAAGUGCCACUCGAAGUGCUAUGGAAUCCCCGCUCACAAUCGAUUCGGGGACUCACAAAUCAGAUAAACCGUAUAGAUCAUCUGUCGUUGUCGACUCCAAUCGUCUGAAGAAUCUUGAGCAAAGUGGGGGAACAAUUAGCACUGCUGCAACGAUUUUUAUGGAAAAUGGUAGUUCGGAUCAUCAUUCUUCUGUUGGUGGUCUUUCAACUCGUUAUCUUGUUCAUCAGCCUUAUUUCCCCUCAAGUGCUGGCUCAUCCAGUCGUCUUAGUUUGGGUUCGGUUGGUCCAUGUAUUAAUUCAAAGAAGAUCUACCCUCUUACGCAAGAAAACUCCCACAACAGUGAAUAUUAUCACGUUGCCAUUUUUGACUAUGAAGCCCACACAUCAGAGGAAGUUAGUGCACGAAAAGGUGAUCAACUGCGAGUUCUGGACUUAAGUGAUUCAGAAUGGUGGUUAGUUGAACAUUCUGGACAAGUUGGUUACAUUCCAUCAUCUUAUUUAGCUCAAGCCAAUUCUGUUGAAGCUGAAGAUUGGUACUUUCGAAGUAUAUCAAGAAAAGAUUCAGAGCGUCUUUUAUUAUUGAAAGGAAAUAUUCGUGGGACAUUUCUGGUUCGAGCUAGUGAAACAACAAAUGGUGCUCUAUCCUUGUCAGUGCGUGAUACAGAACAACAGAGAGGUGAAACUGUAAAACAUUAUAAAAUUAAACAAUCCUCUGAAACUGGUGAUGUAUAUAUAACUACAAAACAAGUCUUUCCUGAUUUAAAAUCAUUAGUUGUUCAUUAUUCUAAUCAAGCGGAUGGUUUAUGUUGUUGUCUUACACGUCCAUGUCCAAGACCACCACCUGUCCCAACUGAUUUAUCAAGAUUAACAAGAGAUCAAUGGGAAAUUUCACGUUCUUCAUUAAAAUUAAUUGAAUUAUUAGGUGCUGGUCAAUUUGGUGAAGUUUGGAAAGGAAAAUGGAAUGAAACAAUUGAAGUUGCUGUAAAAACAUUGAAACAAGGUACAAUGACUAAAGAAGAAUUCCUUAAAGAAGCACGUAUUAUGAAACAAUUACAUCAUCCAAGACUUGUACGUUUAUAUGCUGUAGUUACAGCGGAACCAAUUUAUAUUAUCACGGAAUUAAUGAAAAAUGGAAGUUUAUUAAAAUAUUUACGUGAUGGUCCCGGUAAAGAAUUAGGAUUAAAACCAUUAAUUGAUAUGAUGGCACAGAUUGCUAGUGGUAUGGCUUAUUUAGAAAAAGAACACUAUAUUCAUCGUGAUUUAGCAGCAAGAAAUAUACUUGUCGGUGAAAAUAAUUCAGUAAAAGUUGCUGAUUUUGGAUUAGCUCGAAUUAUUGAUAGUGGUAAUGAAACAUAUACAGCUAAACAGGGUGCUAAAUUUCCUAUCAAAUGGACAGCACCAGAAGCUGCAUUAAUGGGUAGAUUUACAAUUAAAUCAGAUGUAUGGUCAUUUGGUAUUGUAAUCUAUGAAAUUAUUACUUAUGGACAAGUACCAUUUCCAUCAAUGAAUAAUACUGAAACAUUACAACAAGUAGAAAAUGGUUAUCGUAUGCCAUGUCCAAUAAAUUGUCCUAAUUCUAUAUAUGAAAUUAUGUUAAAUACAUGGGAUGCUAAACCAGAAUGUCGGCCAACAUUUGCUUUUUUAUGUAAUUAUUUUGAAGAUUAUUUUACAUCAGCUGAAUUAUCAUAUCGUCCAGCUGAUCAUCAUCAUCAUCAUCCUAAUAAUCUUGAUCAAAAUGAUGAUCUUGAGAUCAUUCAUUGUAGUAAUAAUAAUACAAAUAAUCAUGAUCAUCAUAAACAUAAACCAAGUCAAUCUUUGUUAUGUCAAGAUGCAGCUAUACUAUAUGAUCAACGUCAUACCAAUACUAAUAAUAAGAGAAAUGAACAUUCUCCUUCGCAUCAUUUCAAUGAAACUUCAAUGACAACACAAUCAUUAUCUAAUUCAUCACAUAUUUGUACAGUUCAAAUGUGUUAAUUAUCAAAUGUAUAUAAUUAAAAAAAACAAAAAACAUCCUAUAAGAUUGAAAUAAUCCAUAGCUUAUUCAUCAUUUCAUUUAUUCAAUUUUAAAUUAGGUAUCUUUUCUUUUAUUCUUUUAAUUUAAACAAAUAAUAAUAAAAAAUUUAUGCAUUCAACUUUUUAUUCAUUUAAAAGUGCCUUUGUAUUAUUUGACUUAUUUAUAAACAUACUCACUACUGAUAUAAACUUGAUUGUUCAUUGAUUUCAUUGUUUUCAAUUCAUUAAACUUUAAUCAGGGCCUAAAUAACAAUACUGUAGAACUUUUUCCUCUCUCUAUAUAUAUAUAUACUCUUUCCUAUUAUGAGUCCUUUCCUUCAAAAAGAGAAAGAAAAGAAUUCAUGUCCCGGUGUUUCUUUAUACAACUAGGAUAAUCACAACUAGGUUUUUUUUUUAUGCCCCAUUCAUUAUUGACAUAGCUGAAAUUGUAAUUUCUAUUUAAGAUAAUAAAAGUUAAUAGAUGAUAAAGAAAGUACAUUUUAGAGAGAAGAUUUUAGUGAAGAAUACUAACUAAUUGAUGUUUCAUUCAUUUAUCCUUUUUAAAUAUUAUUGAAGUUAUAUAAUUGAUAUGACUAUACUGGAAACUCUAUACAAACAUUCACCAUGUUUGAUGUACACGCUCACAUCUCCUUACAUUAUGAUACAAUCAUUUCUGAUCUUUUUUUUAUUUAUUUGUAUAAUAAUACUAAUUUAGAGGUUAAAAGAGAACCUUUUAAUCUGUUUGUUAUAUACUCUUCAUAGGAAUUUACUUUCAUUGUUUACUUAUAGAAUUCUAUAUAUAUAUAGAUAUUUUUUUAGUAAAUAAAACAAUGUUAAAGAUUAUAAUCAAAUUAGUAAUGACUGAAUGAUAACUUAUUAAAUUAAAGGUUUUGUCUUUCUAUAAUCUCUCUUCAGUACACACUCGAGUUUAUCCGCCACCUGAAUGAAUAACUUCUUUGUUCUCUUUGCUGGAAUUUAUGGUUACAGAUGACAGUCAUUUAAUUCACUUAUGUUUGUUUACUCUUCAUUUUUCAUCAUUGUUAACUUGAUAAAUAAUUGCUAUUCGUAUCAAUAUUAUGACAAUAUCUAUUUGUAUAAUUUAAUAGGAUAUUUCAUUUCAUCGACACAUUUAAUAAACAUGUUGGUGUAUUAUACCAUUGACAGAUUGUUUUAAUCCCCUUUUUAUUUCGCCUAUUUCUUCUUCUUUCUCAUAUCUUUUGAUGGUCACUUUUUUUCUAUUGUCUUGUUCUUUUUUAUUGAUUUAAAUUAGAUAAUAUAAAAGACAAGAUAACAACAACCUCAGGAUGAAAAUAUGAAUGAUAAAAAUAAGAAAACAUGUCAUUAUCGUAA